AAUCCAGGCUAUUCGUACUCUGAGGGGGCGAGGUGGAGACGGCCAUCGGGUGUCCUUCGCCAAUGUUGGGGACCCGGAGCGGGCCGCGGCGGGAGUGACCAAUCCUGAUGACGUAGCAGGGGGCAUCGACCAUGGCGCUGCUCUGGGCCUUCAGGGGCGCGACCUCGCGGUUUUCGGGUCGCCUGCUCGCGCGUCAUUCCUCUCAAGCGGCGAGGCGUGGGGAGCGGCCCGGCGGGGAGGAGCUGAGCCGCCUGCUACUUGAUGACCUGGCGCCGACCCCGCGAUCUGCGGAGGGACUGGAGCGUCUGUUUGGCCUGUCCCCUUGUCUCCUGGCUCUGCGAGCUGCUCGUCGCCGCGUGGCCAGGCUUCUGCUCCAGGCCGGCAGGUCAGGGUUGCAAGGGGAGCGGGCCGAGCUGCUCCGGGUGGCAGAGGCGCGUGACAUACCAGUUCUGCGGCCCAGACGGCAGAAGCUGGACGCCCUGUGCCGCUACCAGGUCCACCAGGGCGUCUGCAUGGAGGUGAGCCCGCUUCAGCCUCGGCCUUGGACUGAGGUCGGGGAGGCGAGGCCAGGCGACGACCCCCGGCAGCUGUGGCUUGUCCUCGAAGGGCUCCAGGAUCCCCGGAACCUUGGAGGCGUGCUGCGUUCUGCUCAUUUUCUCGGAGUGGAUAAAGUCAUCACCAGCGGGAGAAACAGCUGCCCACUCACUCCAGUAGUCAGCAAAGCCAGCGCGGGGGCUAUGGAGGUGAUGGACCUGUUCUCCACUGAUGACCUGGCCGGUUUUUUACAGGCCAGAGCCCGGGAGGGCUGGCUCGUAGCUGGCACAGUGGGCUGCCUGGGGCCUGAGAUUUCCUCGUUCUCUGAGAUCCCUGUCACUAGCUGCUUGGAGUUCCUCUGGGACCGGCCUACUGUCCUAGUGCUGGGUAAUGAGGGCUCUGGUCUGUCCAAGGAGGUACAGGCCUCCUGCCAGCUUCUCCUUACAAUCCUGCCUGGCCGGCAGCUGCCCUCUGGACUUGACUCCUUGAAUGUCUCCGUGGCUGCAGGGUAUUAUGGGAUGAAAUGAGAUGAUGGACACAGAGACCCCUCUCCCCUAGGAUGGGCUCCCUGUGAACCUGGGCUGGACGUUCCCCCAGGGACUCUUGGUCUGUCACUUGGAGCUGAGAGGAGGAAUGCAAUACCCGCAGGUCGCCUUCAGCCUUUCUCUGGGGGAAGAAGAGAGAUGGGGUGGGGAGGGCUCCUUUCUCAGGAACCUCCAGCCCUUGCAGCUGCUAGAAGUGAUCGGGCUCCGUUGCUAUGGCAACGAGGGCCAGCCGCCUGCAGAGCCUUCCCGUGCCAGCCGCCUUGACCUCACUUAGGAUGAUUACCUUUCGGCAAAUAAAAUAAUUGUGUUAAUAAAGAGGCUGUUCGCCCCCUCAUCCCCCACCCCGCUUGGCCUGUUCCCCAUCCCCACCCCGGGGAGAAAGAGAGGCUUCCCCCACCCUGGCCUGUGGGAUGCCUUACUCUUAAAUAAGUUGUUGAUGGAGAUCCUGGCUGGGUUUUAAUUUUUGCUGAUUUUAACCACCUCCCAUCCUCCCCAUCUUGCUUUCUGUCUUCUUGCCCCUACGUCUUUUUUGAAGUUGUACAGUUGAGUUAAUAUGACUCUUCUGUCUUCCUUCCAUGGGGCUUCCUUCCACUGGGCCUCCCAAGCUAUUACAAUAAUAAAUUCUACUUACUGUG